AUGGAUCUUAAAUUACUUUUGACCGGUUCUAGUGCUGAAGGACAAAGCAAUUGUUGCCAAUUUGCCGAGUAUAAUAUUGGUCCUGAUAUUGAUAUUAUAAUUAUAUUUGGUACAUUAGAUUCUGAAGAUGAAUUAAUUAAAAUCAAAGAAUGUCCUCACUAUGUUCGUGUUAAAUGGAACAAUACAACAUUAGCAUCAUUAUCACAUAGUGAUGAUAAACAGUAUGUAAACGGAUUUAAAAUGAAACAAGAUCAUUUAUUGUUUAUCGCUAAUCAUAAUCAAAAUGACUUAUAUAAAAGGCGAAUGAAAUCUGAAAUAUCAUCUCAAACAGCUGCUAUAAAAGUAUCUGCUGGUGGAAUAAGAGAAAAUUUUGAUUCAUAUGCUUAUUCAAAGAAUUUUAAAGAAGCAUUAGAUAAAAUUGAAGAAAACCGAAAAAAUAGUAAAUUAAUGAUAAUGUUAAAGGAAAACUAUAUGAUUUAUUAUCAAUAUUUGACAGAUACAAUAAAAACUCAACUACCAAUUUUUCAUGAAAUACUUUUCUCUGAUCGUCCUCCAUUAACUUGUAACGAUACGGACAUACAUCUAACAAGUCCAGCAUUUAAUAUACCAUUGACAAUGGAGCAUAAACAAAAAGCAAGGGCACUAAUUCAUUUUUACAAAUCUCAUAAAAAAUUAAGUUAUCCUGAUUUAUUUUCAAAUAUAUUUGAGAUGAUUAAUUCAAUACCAAAUUUUGACAUGGACUUGGUACCAGCAUUAGAAUUAAAAUUUUGGCCAAAAAAUGUGAUACCAUUUUUAAAUCGUUUAAAAAAAAAUCGUUGUGAUUUAUACGAAAAAAUAAGUACUACUUAUAUGCAUUUAGUGGCAAAAGAAUCGCCUACAUCACUGGAUAAUGAUAAAGAAUAUGAUUUUCGAUAUUCAUUUUCUGUAAUUGAAAAAAUACUUGCUAAUGAACGUACAAAAAAUGAAAAAAUAUUGAAUGGUGUUGCAAAAAAUAUCUACUAUAAACAUUUAUAUAAAAAUACAACAUCUCAACAAGGUAAAGAACAAUAUAUUAGAUCAUAUCUUGUUAAGACAACAAUAUUUUGGAUGUGUGAACAACAACAUGAUGAUAUAAAUAAUGUGGAAGGAAAAAACAAUGACGAAAUUGGAAAAAAAUUAGCAUACAUGUGGAUUCAAUUUACUACAAAAUUAUUAUCUAAUAGUUUGGUAAAACAUUACUUUAUAGAAAGUGUAAAUCUUCUUGAUUCAUAUGCAGAUGAUUCAAGAAGAACUGCUUUACAUAUUCUACAAAAUGACAUUAAUUUAGAUGAUCAAACGUUGAUAUCAUCAACCAAAAAUGUUUGUGGUGAAUUAAUAAACCUUAAAUGUGAUCAAUAUAUUCAAUAUCAAUAUUUUCUUAAAACUUUACGUGCAAUUGAUAUUAAACAAGUAAGAGAUGAUUUUGUAAAACUGAGAGAACAAUGGUUUCCUAAGACCGUUAAUGACAGAAAUACCAACGUAUUAGAUAUAUUAAAUAACUUUGCCUUAUAUGAUGAUGGAAAUGGUGAUGAGGAUACAUGGACAAGAUGGGAAAGAUUAAUUUGUAAUUAUGAUAAUUUAGAAACACUACCAUUAUCAUAUGAAAUUUCAGAUUGUAAUCCUGAGCAAUUUGUUGACAGUUUAUCCAGUUCAGCGUUUAUUUUGAAUAAUAUGAUUAAUAUAGUAUCGAAUAUUGAUUAUAUAAAUGAAAUAAAAUUGUUUAACGGAGACGACUUUAAAAAUACAUCUCAAUUAUAUAAUAAUCUUAAAUCAAUAAAACAAAUAUCCCAGAAUCAUAAUACGGUAGAUUUACUUUUUAAAAUAUUGAUAUUUAUAGAACCGCCAAUAAUACAAGACUGUUUCUUAUUAGACAAACGAUGUUUAUUAGACACACAUCCGGAUGAUCCUCAAGCAGUUUCAAUUAAAUCAUUAACCCUGAAAAAAAUUAUUUACUGA